AUGGACCAGAACGUCUCUCUCAGAGCUGCCAACGAGGCGGUGGCUGCCAGAGAAAGGAAGAACAAGUCCUGGCGCAACUGGUCCAACUACAACAACUUAACCAACAACAACUACAAUGACAGCAGCAACAAGAGACCACGGGGAAGGCCUUGGGACAAAAGCAAGUCUGAAGGCUCGACGGGGAACAACACCAACGACAACGUCAACAAGAAGAAGGCCUAA